GUCAGUGUGGAGUGAGCGAGGCCUGAGGACAGGACGCUGCUCCUUUAAGAGGCACUGCUCCUUUAAGAGGCGCUGCUCCUUUAAGAGGCGCUGCUCCUCACUGCUCCUUUAAGAGGCGCUGCUCCUUUAAGAGGCGCUCCUCCUCACUGCUCCUUUAAGAGGCCCUGCUCCUUUAAGAGGCGCUGCUCCUUUAAGAGGCGCUGCUCCUUUAAGAGGCGCUGCUCCUUUAAGAGGCGCUGCUCCUUUAAGAGGCGCUGCUCCUUUAAGAGGCGCUGCUCCUUUAAGAGGCGCUGCUCCUUUAAGAGGCGCUGUGGCUUUUGAGGCUGUGAUUUAUUCUAUUUUGGACGUGAGGGGAAGCGGCGGCGCUGACGGGGUUACACUGCGGAGAUGAACGACUCCGGGGGCAAUCCGCACUUGGAGGGGAUUAUUUCAGAUUUUGAAGCUCUGAAGAGGUCCUUCGAGGUGGAGGACGUGGACACCUCCGCCCACUCCCCCGGCUCCCGACGCACCACCAGCUCCCCACACCGUAACGCCAUGUCCCCCACCAGCAUCUACUACCGCGACCUGGGCAGCGCCGCCUCCGCUCCCAACAACAACAACGUCAACUUCAGCCAGCCGCGCUCCAUCAUGGGCGGAGGCGGGUCCAAAACUCCCGAACCCGUGUCCAGACGCUCCGAGUUAUCCAUCGACAUCAGCUCCUCCAGUAAACAGUUGGACGGGAUGACCAGUCCCGCCUCCGCUCGCUCCGUCAGCAGCGCGCUCAAGCGUCCCGAAAUCCUGGGUCACUCCAGAACACCCGAGAUGGGACAUAAGCGAGAGGUGACCUUCGCCAAAGCGCCGACGGACUCCCCGGGAACGCGACGCAGCGACGCCAACAGCAACAACGGCUUCGGUCGCGAGCAGCAGCACCACCCGCGGAAACUGGAGGCGCCCAGUCCGGGAGACGCGCGCAAACCCGACAUCAGCAUCACCAGGGCCCCUCCGGAGAACAACGGGCACAGCCACCCCGCCGUGCACCACCCGCACCACCCCAACCCCCACCACAACACCAUCGUCACCACCUUCCGCUGCGCGUCGCCCAGCCACGGACGCAAGUCGCCGAACCCUGACAGGUCAGAGGUUAGUCUGGGCCACACCAUGUCUGAAUCCGCCAAGCAGCACGCGGCCAAAGGCGACAAGAGCCACGCCGGCGACUCCAGCUACGUGGGAAUCGACGCCAUCCUGGAGCAGAUGAGGAGGAAGGCCAUGAAGCAGGGGUUUGAGCUCAACAUCAUGGUGGUCGGACAAAGUGGCCUCGGGAAGUCCACGCUCAUGAACACGCUGUUUAAAUCCAAAGUGAGUCGCAAGUCGGUCCAGCCGGAUCCAGAGGAGAGGAUCCCCAAGACCGUGGAGAUCAAGUCCAUCAGCCACGAUAUCGAAGAGAAAGGCGUGAGGAUGAAGCUGACGGUCAUCGACACGCCCGGGUUUGGAGAUCAGAUCAAUAAUGAAAACUGCUGGCAGCCCAUCAUGAAGUUCAUCAAUGAUCAGUAUGAGGCGUAUCUGCAGGAGGAGAUCAACAUCGACCGAAAGAAGAGGAUCCCCGACUCCAGAGUGCACUGCUGCAUCUACUUUAUACCUCCAACCGGGCACUGCCUGCGGCCUCUCGACGUGGAGUUCAUGAGGCGUCUGAGCAAAGUGGUGAACAUCGUCCCCGUCAUCGCCAAAGCCGACACGCUCACGCUGGAGGAGAGGGACUUCUUCAAGCAGACGAUUCGAGAAGGCCUGCGAGCUAAUGGCAUCGACGUUUACCCGCAGAAAGAGUUUGACGAGGACGCGGAGGACAGGCUGAUCAACGACAAGAUCAGGGAGAUGAUCCCGUUUGCCGUGGUGGGGAGCGACCAGGAAUAUCAGGUGAACGGGAAGAGGAUCCUCGGCCGGAAAACAAAAUGGGGAACUAUUGAAGUUGAGAACAUUUCACACUGUGAGUUUGCCUACCUGCGAGAUCUCCUCAUAAGGACUCACAUGCAGAACAUCAAAGACAUCACGGGGAGCAUCCACUACGAGACGUACAGGGUCCGACGGUUAAACGAGUCCAACCACAUCAACUCUCAGGCCUCCGGAUACCCCGCGCUCCAGCCCAAAGCCAACGGCCAGACGGAGCCGCAACCCGCCCCGCCGCAACCCAACGGAGUGGCCACGCAGCACGAAGUCAUGUCCCACGAGAUGUAGACGAAAGAAACCAGGACGUAACGAGAUGCACGAGGUCGUUGAGAUGUCGAGUUUACAAACCGAGUCCCCUUUAUGCUGUGAAGUGUCGUUUUCGCUUAGAUAUUCCACUACCUGCACCGCGACUCUUAUUUAAGUGACAGGUGUGGAGACGAGUUUCAUUUUCUAUAAUCCCACGUUACUUCAUAUUCGCCCGUGACUGCUCAUCAGCGCCUCUAGUGGUCGACAGCACGUCACUGCCGCACCCCCGCGCAGACCGGCUUUAUAUUUACGCCGCAGACGAACUAAAAUAUCCCUUUAAAAAACCCGACUCCCCCCGCGUAACCAAACCCAUCGUUGGUGUCGUGACGUAGCAUUUCGUUUAGGAUUAUUUAGCCACGUUUCGCUCAAAAAAAUCCAUCGACGCCUCCACAGUUCACGCGGUCACGGCGGCGUGGAGCAGAAACAAACCGGUUCCUCACUUUUUUUACCGUCUUACGUCGAUGUUUUUAAGCCCGUCCUGCCGGUUCGUCGUGGUCAUGUUGUGCGUUUUGUGUUUUUACCGUGAUUCGUGUUGUGUUUUAAUUCCGAUGGUUUUGAUCAUACAGUAUAUUAUUGUACAUGAGAGUGAUUUGUGCACCGUUAUAACUGUCUGACUGUAAACCCAAUAAAAGUUUUGUUCAAAAGAGAAGCACACAUAGUAAACGUUGAUUAUGAAUAAUAUUUAUACGUGUUUAAGUGUAACCGAUGCGUCGUCUUUUCGUUGUUUCUGGUGAACCUCCUCAGACUUUUCUUACGUUUGCCUGUUUUGCAUUUUUAUCACAAAGAUUCCAUUCAUGUUUAGCUGCACUCCAAAAAAACGUCCUUUUUCAGUAUGAGCAAAGUUGUUGAUAUUUAGAAUAAAAACUUCAGAUAAAUCUCCUAUAUUUUCACAGCAGUUUUCUAUACAAACGAACAAACCAGAUUCCCUUUUUCCAGGAGUUUUUGGGUUACGCUUUGUUUAAUGUUGUAUAGAACUUGUCCAAUUGUUUUGGUAUUAUAGAAUAAGAUUUAUCUUUGAUAUAUCUUUAAGAAUAAAAAGUGAUAUUUUGUUGUUUAAA